UGUCUUUUGAGCAAGUGUCCAAGACAUCAUGUUUUUCAACUAACUAACAACAGGGGAUAUACAUACACAGUCUCUUCUUUCUUUCCUGAAAAUAUGAACAUAAUUGGAUUAGUAUUUUCCAAGAUAUCGCGAUUUCUUUGGGUUGCGUUUUUUUUAGCACCCUGUAGCUCCAACAGAGCAAAACCUUCAAGAAAUGCUAAAUACCAUGAAUACUUGGUGCUGCAAAUGGAGGAUGACGGUUAAUGCUAUGAACACGAACAUUAUCCACCAUCGUCCAAAGGAUUACAUGCGGUCCCAAUUCGUGUUUCGAUGUGGUGACGAUGUCAUUGAAUAUGCAACACAAUACAAAUAUUUAGGACUUACCUUAAAUGAGCACAUGGAUAUGUCUAAAUCGGUAUCCAUCCUUGCCAAAUCAGCCACGUGUGCCCUAGGAGCAAUUAUGACAAAAUUCCGUCUAAAAGGAGGAAUGAACUACAAUGUUUAUACCCAGCUUUACGACUCGAUGGUCGAGCCAAUUCUGUUGUACGCUGCCGGCACAUGGAGUGCAAACGUCACCUCAGGAGCGCCAGCAGUUAAAAUACAAAACAAAGCAGAACAUUUCUACAUGGGAGUUGGUAAAUGUGCACCGAACGAUGCAACACGUGGAGACAUGUGCUGGACUGACCCGAAUGUGCGACAAAAAGUCGAAAAGGCCAGGCAGUGGUGUCGUUUUAAAAACAUGAAUAACGACAGAAUCACAAAACGGAUCCACAACUGCUGGACUGACCCGAUCAUGGGACUCUAAGAUUAAGCUAGAAUUGCAACGUGAAAAGGCAAACCACUUCAUAACAGAUGACUACAUCCCAUCAGUAAAACAUGAAAUUAAAAAGUAUAAAUUGGACCUAAUCUCAAAACGGCAUAUAGCUUGGCACAACUCCAUAUGGAACGACUCUAGGAACCAAGAAAACGGAAAUAAACUUAGGACAUAUCGACUCCACAAGAUACACAAAACAGAACCCGAACACUAUCUUCGCAUUAGCCUUAAUAUAUAUGAACGCUCCAAUCUAGCUAAACUCAGAAUGGGUACACUGCCACUGAGACUUGAAACUGGUAGAUACACUGGUGUCCCCAUUAACCAACGAACAUGUUUAUGUGAGCGUGACAUCGUCGAGGACGAGAUACACUUUCUCGCGGACUGUUCACUUCAUCAAACUUAAAGAAUUAACCUAUUUGAGAAAGCCACAUGCUAUCUAUAGCUAGUUUGGGUAAAUACUGUACUCUCAUGACAAAUGAAAACCUCACACGAACAUUUAAUAGCUAAGGUUGUAAACAAUAUGCUUUUAAAUC